AUGGGCUCGGCCGCGCCGCCGCCGGUGGGCGCGCUCGCCGGCAGCCUGCUCUUCUCAGACCUGCAGGACAGCCCGCUGUUCCGCAGCAAGGUGAACGAGCUGGACGGCAACCUGGAGCGCCUUAAGGAGCGGGCCUCCAAGCUCACCAAGGCCUCCAAAAAGUACAGCGGGGUGCUUGAUGCCACGUGCCUGGGCACCUCAGCAUUUGCCGACAGCCUGCAAGCCUUCUGUGGGGAGGCGGAUGAGGAGUCGAGCCUGAUCGGCGGCCCGACGCUGCUCAAGUUUCUGUCGUCGUUCCAGGACCUGCUGCGCACGCAGACCGAGGUGGUGCUGUGCGAGCGCCUCAACCAUGACUUCAUCAGAGUCACAGCAGAGGUGAAGGACAGCAAGCGGCGGCUGGACAAGCGCAGCAGCGAGUACGACGCGGCGCGGCUCAAGCACCUGGGGCACAGGCGAGGCGGGGGCCGGGGUUUCCCCGCGGCUGAGGCCGCGGCUGGGCGCCGACACGGUGGCUCGCCGGGCUGCGCCGGAUACAGAGCCGGCUGCAGCGGCCUGGUGCCGCGCCUGCUGCGCUUCUGGGGACCCGCGCCACCCGCACAUCAGCCGCCGCCGGCCACCCAACCGGCCUGCCUGUCCCUCGGCCUCUGCAGGAGCGCGGGUCACCUGUCCACCUGGGCGGGCAAGAGCAGCGACCCCGACAAGAGCUUUGCCGACAUGCUGGCGGCCAAGGGCGCCGCCGACGAGGCGCGGUUCGAGAUGGCCCGCCGCUUCACUCAGGUGGAGAGCCAGAAGCGGUUUGAGUUUCUGGAGGGCAUGGUGACCGCUGUGGACGCGCACUUGCGCUACUUUGAGCGCGGCUACCAGCUCUUUUCCGGCAUCGAGCCCUACCUACAACACGCCCUGCAGCUGAUUGAGAAGCUCAAGGCGGAUGGGGAGGUGCAGCAGGCGCAGAUGGAGGGGCUGAUCCUGCAGCACAAGGCGGAGGCCAGCGCGCGGGACAGCCUGGUGGGUGAGACGGCGGCGGCCAGCCGGGACUCGCCGGCGGUGCGCCCCAUCGGGCCCCUGCAGAUGACAGCUGGCACCUCCCAGCUGGCGAGCGAGAUGGAGGCCUACAUCCGACAGACGCAGGAGACCAAGGGGCAGACCAUCACAGUGCUGAAGCAGCAGGGCUACCUGCUCAAGCAGACCAGCGACUUCCGCAAGGCCUGGAAGCGCCGCUUCUUUGUGCUGGAUAGCCAGGGCAUGCUGUACUAUUACUCCAGCAGGGAGGGCAGCCGCAAGGAGCAGGCGCCGCGCAACACCUGCUCGCUGCUCACCGCCACCAUCAAGCCGGAUGCCGAGGACCCCAGCCUGCGCUACGCCUUCCGCGUGGUCAGCCCCGAGAAGGAGUACAUGCUGCAGGCGGAGAAUGAGGUGGAACAGCAGGAGUGGAUGCAGAUGCUGCAGGGCGUCAUUGCCUGCAUGCUGAGCGGCGCCGUAGACCACGACAACAUCCCCACACGCCCUGUCCGGCCCACCCACUCGCGCACCAUCAGCGCUGAGAUCAACGCUCUCAACCUGGGGGACGCGCCCCUGGGCAGCGGCGCCAUGUCGCUGUCGGCCAGCCAGCGGCUGACGGUCGACAGCGAGCACACACCCGCUGCCAGCAUGCCGGCCAUUAGUGAGCACGGCUCCCCCUCCAAGCCUGCACCGGGGCUGGCGUCCGGGGCCUCGGGCCUCCUGGCUGCUGCAGCCAGGCAGCUAGGCUCGGCGGCGGCUGGAGGAAGCGCGGCCGCGGCGGGCGUGGCGGCAUCGCCCGGCCCGCGGCCCGCCGCCAGCGCCAGCGCCAGCGGCAGCGUGCUGGAGGCGUUGCAGCGGGUGCCCGGCAACACGGCCUGCUGCGACUGCGGCGCGCCAAACCCCGACUGGGCCAGCCUCAACCUGGGGGUGCUCGUGUGCAUCGAGUGCAGCGGUGUGCACCGCAGGCUGGGAGUGCACAUCAGCAAGGUCCGCUCCUGCACCCUGGACACCAAGGUGUGGGAGCCCGCUGUGGUGGGCCUCUUCCAGCACAUAGGCAACGAGUUUGCAAACCGGGUGUGGGAGGGCGGCGCCGCGCCCGGCGGCGGCGGCGGCGGCGGCGGCCCGGCCACCAGCGGCAAGGCCGGCCCCGGCGGCAGCAGCAGCAGCAGCAGCAGCCGGCCAGGGCCGGGGGCGCCGCUGCCGGACAAGGAGCGGUGGAUUGGUGGCAAGUAUGUGGACAAGCGGCUGCUGGCGCGGCCACCCGGGGCCGUGGGCGAGGAGCGGCUGCAGGAGUGGCUGUGGGAUGCGGUGCAGCGGGGCGAUGUCAAAUCGGCCUACCACGCCAUCGCCUGCGGCGCCGACGUCAACCACUCCUACCACGCCCAGCCCGCGGCACGGCUGGUGUGGGAGUGCAACAUGCAGGCGGGAGGCGACGCGGACCAGCCGCUGAGCCCCACCAACCUUGGCCACACGGGGGUCCUGCACGCGGCCUGCACGGCGGGGCCGCCCGUCAUGGCUGAGCUGCUGCUGCAGGCGGGGGCCCACAUCGACGCGGUGGAUGUGAUGCGCCGCACCCCGCUCAUGUAUGCGGUGCUGUACGACCAGCCAGAGGUCGCCCGCCUGCUGCUCAGGCAAGCGACGGGCAGUAGCAGAGUUAGCCAGCUGCAUUUGGUUGGUCCCUGUUGGUCUCCCAACCAAUGCUUGAAAGGUGGAAAGGGCGUCGGCAAGCACGCACAUGCACCGCACGACCGUGACAUGACAUGUGCCUGGCGGACGGUGUGCAGGCGGGGCGCGGCCUGCACCCGCGACCGCCACGGCUUGACCGCGGCGCAGCUGGCAGCGGGGCGGCUGUGCAGCCGCGACGCAGAGCUGGCCGCGCUGCUCAGCCGGCAGGUGUGA